CGGGGGGCGCAGCCCCCUGGCAUCAAAGUGAAUAAAAGCAGCCCAAAAUCCAAUUAUAUAGAGGUAUUAGCAAGCUACAACUUAAGAUCCAGCCCUAUACGGACCAAUUCAAAAUCCAGCUCUACACGUAAUAGCCCAGAAUCCAGCCUUGCAUCUAUACGGAAGGGUGCGGCGUGCCGCCCCGAACACUAGUGUCAUUAUACUUCACCUUCGCGGCCCAGCAAGCAUCAUCUUUCCACUUACACCAAACAUCCAAAUCACCAUACGUAUUUGACCAAGAACCCACGUCAAAAAUGGACAUCGACGAAGACGAGGAUUUCUACGCUCCCGACGAGCCCCAGGCCGCUCCGCCCACCACAGCCGCGACCACCACAACCCCCGCCACCACCACAACCACAGCAGCUCCCACCACCACCACUACCACCACAUCAACUACCACAGCAUCAGCGCCGCCCACCACCACAAGCUCAUCAACAAAACCUGAAGACGAGCUUGAGGAAGGCGAAGAGGAAGAUGAAGGCGGCGGCGCCAUGGACGAAGACGACGACUCGGACAUUGACAUCAUCACGGAGCGCAAAGACGGGUCCGCCCCUCCUCCGCCCGUCCAGAGUCGCUACAGCGAGAUCCGCAACAUUCCGCAGCGGGCAGCGGCCAACGAUAACGGAGUUAAGACCGCGCCUGUGAAGAAGUCGGAUGGUACCAACAGCAAUAGCAACAGCAGCAGUAACAAGUUCGGUGGUGGCGGUGGUAUUGGAAACGAACAAAAGACGAGACAGGGAAGUGGUGCGGCAGGUGGUAGUGGCGCAGAGCUCCCUCCUGUAAGGACGUCCAAGAUCGAAGUGGAUGGGAUUCCGGUUUACAAACCUGUUGGCAAGCCGAUUACGGGUGUGGUUAUUGAUGAGGACCUCCCUGAAAACGACAAACCGUGGCGCAAACCCGGCACCGACCUCUCCGACUACUUCAACUACGGCUUCGACGAGUUCACCUGGGCCCUGUACGCCCAGAAACAAGAAGCCCUUCGCGGCGAGUACAACGCCGAAGCCAUCGCCGCCAACAACAAGAAGAUGAUGGAGGAAAUGACCAACAUGAUGAUGAUGGGCGGCAUGAUGCCUCCCGGCAUGGGCGGUCCCGGUGGCCCCGGCGUUGGUCCGGCCGGCCCGGGUGCCAUGGGUCCUGGUGGUCCUGCUGGUGCUGGUGGCAUGGGCGGACCGGGCGGUGGUCUGGAUGGCAUGCCGCCCGAGAUGCAGGCUAUGAUGCAGCAGAUGAUGGGCGCCGCGGCGGCGCAGGGUAUGGAUCCGAGCCAGAUGGGCCAGAUGGGCAUGGCGGGCGGUCCGGGCGAUAUGGGUGGUAUGGGAGGCAUGUUUGGUGGUCCUGGUGGUGGUCCGGGUGGUCCAGGAACUGGAGGUAUGGGUCCUGGCGGUCCUGGUGGACAAGGUGGUCAGGGACAGCAGUUUGGAGGUGGGUUUGGUGGAAACCAGGGACAGGGUGGUUAUGGUGGCUAUGACCAGAUGGGUGGUGCGGGUGGUGGAGGAAGGGGUGGUAGGGGAAGGGGAAGAAGGUGGUAGGGGCACUGGUGAUCCCGCUUCCGCUGAAGCGCUUCUUUUUUUUCCUUUUCUGUUUGUUAAUGUAUGAUACUGAGAUACCUAUUUGUGGCCCAAUGCCCCGAAUCAAUGGCUGGCCGGUGGGAUGGAUGGGAUAACGGUUCACAAAAUUAUGAAAGUUCUUUGCUAACAGGCGGCUGGUGUUUUGCCCUCAAUCUGUCCACGUGGAUGAGAAAAGGCUGGCACUGUAUUUUUUUUUAUCACGGAUAGUACUCGAUCAUCACGUCACUCAGCCUUACGACCACAAUCACACAAGUAAUAGACUUCUUUCAUUCCUUCCAUUGUUCUUCCACCACAACUACCUCUAGAUUGUUCCAUUGGCCA